UCAGCGGGCGCCGUCAUCAUGGCGGCCGCGGAAUCGCCUCAGGUUUUGGCGGGAAGGCGAGGGCGCUGAGGGGGGGAAAAAGGGGAGGCCGGGCGGCCGCUUCUCUCCGCCUUUCUCCCCGCCAGGCGGGAGGGACUCUUCUCUUCUCCGCCUCCUCAGAAGCCGGUUCCGCUUCCUCCUCCCGCCCUCAGGCCGGGCCCAGCCAGCCGGCCCGCCCCGACACCCGAGCGCCAGGCAAGAUGGCGACGCUCUCCGUCCUGCAGGCCCCGCUGGAGGCCACCGCCGCCACGGGCGGGUUCAGCUUCCACAACUGCGCCCGGAAUGCUGCUCUGGAAGCAGAGGGAGCCAAGAAGGGUCUCCGUCUCCCUACCGCACGCAAAACGGGAACUACCAUUGCUGGGGUGGUGUUUAAGGACGGAGUGAUACUUGGAGCAGAUACAAGAGCAACCGAAGGGAUGGUUGUAGCCGAUAAGAACUGUUCAAAAAUACACUUCAUUGCUCCAAACAUCUAUUGUUGCGGCGCCGGCACAGCUGCAGACACUGAAAUGACCACUCAGUUGAUUUCAUCGAACAUGGAGCUUCACUCCCUCUCGACCGGACGGCUUCCGAGGGUAGUCACCGCGAACCGGAUGCUCAAGCAGAUGCUCUUCAGGUAUCAAGGUUACAUUGGUGCUGCCUUGGUCCUUGGUGGGGUGGAUGUCACUGGAGCUCAUCUCUACAGCAUCUACCCUCACGGAUCUACUGACAAGUUACCUUACGUUACGAUGGGUUCUGGUGCUUUGGCAGCCAUGGCUGUUUUUGAAGACAAGUUUAAACCUGACAUGGAGGAGGAAGAAGCCAAACAGCUUGUGAGAGAUGCAAUUGCAGCUGGCAUUUACAACGACUUGGGCUCUGGCAGCAAUAUUGACCUCUGCGUCCUCAGCAAGAACAAGCUGGACUUCCUUCGUCCUUAUGAUACGCCCAACAAGAAAGGGGAAAGGCAAGGGAGAUACAGGUGUGAGAAAGGCACUACAGGUGUGCUCUCUGAAAAAGUCACUCUCUUGGUGCUUGAUGUUGCCGAUGAGACCGUGCAAACAAUGGACACAUCUUGAUUUGCAGAAAGUAUGUCUGGGCUGGGGUGGGGGGGAUAUGCAUCUGGCUUGUUUAUGGAAAUUCUUUUCUGUAUGUUGGGCUUUGCAUUCUUUAUGGGGAAAUAAUAAUUAAAAAACCCAAUGAAAAUUGA